AAAUAAAGUCAUGUCGUCUGACAAUUUGAAGACUUGCUGAAGGAGACAGCUUCUCCCUUCUCCUUAUUAGCUUCUUCUCCUUCUCCUCAGUCACCUGCAACUGCAAUAAGCUUCUUGAGAAUCGUCGAGCCUCAGUUCUUAUUCCACGGGUGCGCAGAGUUCUGCUAUAGAUUGAUCCCUCAAUAUUCUGAAGGAGGAGGAAAUGAACAAUCCAAGUUAUAAGAUCAUAAGGGUUGCCCAGGAUCAGGACCUCAUCGAGCAAAUAGGAAGAGAUAUCUAUUUUGGUGUUGUCGACCAUGACAGAGUUCGGACUUUCAAUGUCCAGAAACAAAUCCCCUUUAAACUUUUCAAGGAGGAAAUUGCUGAAGUCUUUGGCAUACCAGUGCAAUUUCAGCGGUUUUGGAAAUUCGCAAAUCGACAAAAUCAUACGCACCGUCCUUGGAAGCCCCUAACACCUGAAGAGGAAUCAAAACCUGUUGGAAAGCUGAAGGAAAUAUCAAAGAAGGAUAAGGAACUGAAAUUGUUCUUGGAAGUAGAGCUUGACCUGCAUCGUCGUCCUGUUUCUCUGCCUGUCAAAAGUACAGAAGAUAUUUUGUUGUUUUUCAAGCUUUAUGACCCUGAAAAAGGAGAAAUAAGAUAUGUUGGCAGGCUCUUCGUGAAUAGCUAUGCCAAACCUUGUGACAUUUUAGGAAAAGUAAAUGAGAUGGCAGGCUUCGAUCCAAAUGAGGAAGUAGAUCUUUAUGAGGAGAUAAAAUUUGAGCCCUCUGUCAUGUGGGAACUCUUUGAUAGGGCUGCUGUCAUGUGUAAGCUCAUUGAUAGGGCUGCUUCAUUUCGAGCUAAUCAGCUUGCAGAUGGGGACAUCAUUUGCUUUCAGAAAAGUUUAGUUCGUGGCGCUGAAAGUUGCAGGUGUUUAACUGUUCCUUCAUUUUUGGCACACAUACGUGGUCUCCAGAGAAUGGAAGCACGAAAUCGUCCAUCCGAGAGAUUUACGUGGAAGAUCAGCAACUUCAGCAAGUUGACUUUAAGGACCUACUACUCAGAAGUUUUCACUGUUGCUGGCUGUAAAUGGAGGAUAACGAUUUCUCCAAAGGGGAACAACCCCGGUUUUGUCUCUAUAUACUUACAUGUUCCUGAUUACACGUCUUUGCCUAGUGGAUGGACCAGAACCGUCGAUUUUAAUUUGACUGUGGUCAAUCAAAAUUGCCGGGAUUCCUCGAUUACAAAGGAAACAAGUCACAAGUUCACAUGGCUAGAAUCUGACUGGGGUUUCACUUCGUUUAUGCCCCUGACCGAGCUCCAUGACCAGACUAGAGGCUACAUAGCACAAGAUACUGUGGUUGUUGAAGCCAAUGUUAUUGUCCACAAGGCUGUCAUUGUCCCUCCAGUUGUUGCUCCUGACACAGUUCUUCCUCCAUCUGCUCCUCCACUUGAUGCUUAUUCAGUGAUGGGAACAGACAGAUUCGUCUCUUAUUUUAACAGCCUGGAUGAAUUCAUUGGUGCUACCGAAACUUCUGGUUCCAGGGAAGGACCAAGUUCGAGCACUCAAACUUCUCAUAUACUUCCCAGAGUUCCCAGUUCGGAAGAGGUUGAGAAUGCUAAGCAGUCCUUGAAGGAAUGCCUUUCGGACCUUUUCAAGCUGAACAUGAAAGAUAGAUUGGCUUCUGCAUUGUCAACUCUCAGCAUAGCAGAAACUGGGCUAACAGAUGAACAGAGUAGAUCAGUCUUGGAAUUCUGGGUUAACUUCGACAAGUUCAUCUCGGAUUACUUGACUUUUGAGCAGGACAAUUCUGAGUAUGAAUUGCAGAAACUACAGAACGACGUACUCUCUUUUGCCAUGAAGAAGAACCGUGAGACACAUCUUUCCUAUAAAGAAUUGUCGGAGAAACUUGCCAGGGAAGAGGAAGAGCUGAAGAAGAAGCUGGAGGAGACAAAGUCUAGGAAUGCUAAACUUAUUUCUGACUGGGAGGCUCUUAUGGCCGAGUCGGAGGAGACAAAGUCGAAGUACAUUUCUCAGAAAUCGAAGCUAGCGGAGGCCGAGGAACAGAAGAGGAUAGCAAAGGAGAGAAUGUCUCGCUCAACGGCUGCUUGGUCAUCUUUGAAGGCCCGGUUCCUUUGAAUAGGUUUUGUACCAGGAUGGGAGAAAGAAAACUGAGUUUCCGGCACAAACUAAGGAGAAGGCCCAACUCCCUUGAGCAUUCAAUAAAAUGGAACCAGGAUUUAAUGGCUAAUGAGGGUCGCUUAAUGUUUGAAUUUUGAUCGUGCUGCCGUGAAGACUAUACAAUUUAGCAUACGUUGAUGAGGUAGUUACAUUAUGAUUC